AUAGGUUCGUCUAUGUUUAUUUAUCUUGUUAGAAAAUUUAAAUGUUUCAUGGGACAGAGAAAUCGUAUCUCAUAGUGCAAUUGUCAUUUCAAAAAUGAAUUGCACUUAUGAGUUAUAAAAUGCUAUUUUAUACUUUCAAGUUGUCAUUCUUCCGAAUUAGUACCUUUACAAUUUUUAAUAAGCCAAAUGUUUUGAUGGUUUAAAUAGGAAAACAACUUGUCGAAAGACACUCUAGUCAAAUGUUUUCCAUGAUGCAUCGUUUCUUCUGUGUGUUAUUGAUAGUUGUUGUUUAUGAUCUUAAAAUAUCUACUUCACAUUACCAGUUAAAAUAUUAUGAAAUACUUAGACCAUCAGACAUUGGCCACAAAAUCACAAAGAGGGGCCUUCAUCAUAGUUUUCAUCAAUUUAAUGUUGCCAAAGAAGUAUCUUUCAAAGCUUUGGGAAGGCAUUUUCGUCUCAUGUUAAAUCCUGCAAAAGGCCUAUUAUCUUCACAAUUUAAAGCAUUUACUGUUGAUAAAAAUGGACGCAAACGAUCUUUAUGGGUGGAUAAAGACAACUUUUUAGAAGGAAGAGUAUUUGGUGAAACAGGCACGCAGGUGAGUGCACAUAUCGAAGAUGGAAUAUUAACAGCUGCCAUCAGAACAUCGGAUGAUACUUAUAUAGUUGAACCAUCCUGGAGACAUAUGACUUAUGAAGAUAAUUCAUCCAUGAUUGUUUAUAGAGGUUCUGAUGUAAAAUACAGUUGGGAAACUAUGGAAACUGGAAAGAAAUUGACCAAGUUCUGCACAUAUGUGAAAGAGGAAGGUAAUGUUUCUAUUAUAGAAGAUGAUACAGCUACUGAAGAACCUGAAAUUAGAAGUAAAAGGCAGGCAAUCGACCCUUACAAUUGGGAACCUGUACAGACAAGAUGUUCAUUGCUACUUGUUGCUGAUUUUCGUUUUUAUGAAAAUAUGGGUGGCAGUAAUUUGAAAGGAACAAUAAAUUUUUUGAUAUCAUUAAUUGAUCGAGUCAAUAAGAUAUUUUUAGAAACUGAAUGGAAAGAUAGUGAAAAACAAUCUGGCUUCAGUGGAAUGGGUUUUGUGAUCCAAGAAGUGAUGGUUCAUACAGAGCCUACUCCUGUUAGUCGUGGUGAAACACAUUAUAACAUGGCAGGAGCAUCAUGGAAUGUUCGAGACUUGUUGGAAGUGUUCUCUCGCAAUUUGAAUCACCGGUGGUUUUGUCUUGCUCAUCUGUUUACUGACCAAAAAUUUGAUGGUGGUAUCCUGGGACUUGCUUAUGUUGGUUCUCCCCGUAGGAAUUCUGUUGGAGGAAUAUGCAGUCCAGGUUAUGUUAAAAAUGGUUACACUCUGUAUUUGAAUUCCGGACUAAGCACAUCCAGAAAUCAUUAUGGCCAAAGAGUUAUAACUCGUGAAGCAGAUCUAGUCACGGCACAUGAAUUCGGCCAUAAUUGGGGUAGUGAGCAUGAUCCUGACCUACCAGAGUGCUCUCCAGAUGGUCGACAUGGAGGUUCAUUUCUAAUGUAUACAUAUUCUGUUAGUGGCUAUGACCCUAAUAACAAAAAAUUUUCUCCUUGUAGUAUUCGCUCUGUCCGUGCUGUUUUGUUAGCAAAGGCCAGUAAAUGUUUCUCAAAACCUGAGGAAUCAUUUUGUGGUAACUCACUGGUUGAGGAAGGAGAAGAAUGUGAUGCUGGUUUCAUUGGCAGUGAGGACAAUGAUCCUUGUUGUGAUAGUACUUGUAAAUUAAAACCAGGUGCCAUAUGCAGUGACAAAAAUGCUCCUUGUUGUCGAGGUUGUCAGUUAGUUCAUGGAGGUAUAAUUUGCCGUGAAUCCCAACCAAGUGCUUGCAAAAGAGAAGCCUACUGCAAUGGAGCUUCUCAAGACUGCCCUGCAUCAAUGCCUCAGCCUGAUGGAUCGCCCUGCUUGGAUAGAGGGAAAUGCAGAGAUGGAGAAUGUGUGCCAUUUUGUGAAACCCUGGGUCUUCAUUCCUGUUUAUGCGACAGAGAGGAAGAUGCAUGCAAGCGAUGUUGCAGACCUACCCAAAAUUCGACUUGUAAGCCUAUUGAACCUACUGAAAUUCUUAGAGAUGGCACUCCUUGUAUUCAUGGCUACUGUGAAAGUGGUGAAUGCAAGAAAACUGUUCAAGAUAUUGUUGAAAGAUUUUGGGAUAUUAUUGAAGAUAUAAAUAUCAACACUGUCAUGAAAUUCCUGAAUGACAACAUAGUGGGAACUGUUGUAAUAGUGUCUCUUGUUGUUUGGAUACCGGCUAGCUGCCUCAUUAGUUAUGUGGACCGUAAAAAGCGAGAAGAAUAUGAAAGAGUCAUUAGUGGCAAAACCAAACGAGAGAGCACUAAGCCUUUCAGAUUACCUAAGGAGAAAGGAACUCGUGUUAUUCAUAUCAAAAGACAAAAUCGUUUUCGCCCAGACACAACUCCUCGUAAUACUCAGCCUUCCAAAGAGUGUUAUCGUUAUUAUGGCGACCAUAAUGAUCGUCUUUUCCCAAGAGCUACUUAUAGACCAGAGCCAUCGCCUCAGCAUCAUUAUGCCCAUUCAGAUUCAGAAUAUUAUGCUCCUCGUCACAGACAUUUUCCUCAUGUCAGAAGUCAUGGAGCUGAAGAUGCACAUACUUAUCGUCCCAAACCCCCAAGUGUUGUUACAGAAGCUUUUACGGCUUUGUGACAUAUGAGACAGUGUGUAGAUAGGGCUGCUGCAAGAAUUGCUCAAGUACAAGCCAAAAAUUAAAUGCUGUCAAUUAGACAGUAUGUGAAAAAGGCUUGAAGAGCAAAGAAUCUACAGCAGAAACCGUCUACACACCAUCUCAUGUCUGUGAUAUUUAAGAUUUAGUUGUGUUAAAAUUUUAUUAUUCUAAGUUUCUUCCUCUUCAUAAGUAUUAUCAGCUUGAGUACACGGUUUUAAACAGUCAUGUUCCUAAUGAUACAGUGUGAUCCUUAUACUCAUAUACAGGCUGAUAAAUUAAGAACAUUCAGUUCUUCAAUUUGUCAUCCUUUUUUUAUUUUAUUUUUUAUUAGGAUGCUUUCUACUGAUACAUGAUUUAUCUUGUCAUACUUUAAUUUAAUUUGUCUGAUUAAUUACAAUUUAUUUAGAAGACAUAUAAUUCAUAUAAAUGAGCCAUACUGAUCACAUUGUAUUUAUUUGUACAUAUAUUUAUAUUUAGCAUUGUAAUAUAUUAAAAUCGUUAAUCACUGGCUUAUUUGCAUGUUUUGAUGAAAGUAUUUUAAUGAAUUUGACUUGCUUAAAGUAUCUUGGGGUGCUUAGAGAAAAUUGAUAUAUUUAAAAUUGUCACUUCCCUUUUUCUUCUUGCUGCUCAUAAAGAAGAUUUUUUACAAAAUUAUAUUUAUGUUAUUUAGACUGUGAAUUUUCACACACAAAUGAGUAAUUUAGAACAAAUGAGGGACUUGUUAGUUUUGUCCUUCCAGUUGUAUAGUUCGUAUUGUUUUCCUUUUUAGCAAUUGUUGUAUUGUUAUGAAUAUCCUGAGCAUCCAGUUUUUUCAUUGAUAUGAUGAAAUGAAAUUUUGUGCACUGAUAUUAAAAGUAAUACUUUUAUAUGACACAGUCAAAGGGUUUCUAUUAUGAUGGAAUUAUCCCAAACAUUUUGUAAUUUAUUCUAAAAUCAUUAGUUUUUUUAAAAGUUCUCUUUCUCUUUGAUUUAGUUUUUUAAAACUAAAAGGUGAUGAUAGAAUCAAUUGGAUCGUCCUGUAUCUUUUGUUAUUAUUGUUUAGCUAAGUACAAUAUUUCUUGUUUUAGAGAUCAAUUGCUGAUUCGAGCUUUUAACUUUAUUACUUACUAUUUUGCUGAAUUUCUAAUAUCAUUUUGUUAGAAUUAUUGAUCAAAAUAAUCAAUUCUUAUAAAAGAAUACCAGAAAAGACUUAUUUUCAAAAUAAUAAUAAUUAACUUGAUACUUCUCGAGAAUGAAUGAGUGUUUAUGCUUUCACUAUUCCACAGAUUGUAGCCAGUAAUUCAAAGGAAACUUUGUUUCCUUAUAAUUAUUAAAUAUUGUAUAUACAUAUGAUGGGAUUUUCUUUAUGCCCUAUCAUUUAUUAUUCAAAUGUUGUAUGUAAAUCCAAGUUGUAAUGAAGCUGUUGCUGUCAUAACUAUACAAUUACAUUACUUUUUCAGCGUAUUUUGUACUUUUACAUAAUUGAUGUUAUUUAAAAUUUUACAUUGUGCACUUCUUUUAUGAAUUUAUUUUAAUGUAGAGUUAAUAAGAGAAACAGUGAUUUUUUUUUAUCUGUGUCUGUUGUUGCAGUGCUUCCACAGACUCUGAAUUUAGUCAUUUUGAAUAGUUCAAAUGUAAAUAUCUGCCAUACUUACAUACAGUCGAUUCAUUAAUCAACUGCAAAUUCAUGCAUUGCUGACAUUUAAAAAUAGGUAUAUUUAUCAGUAUUUAAAAUAUUUAUUAGUCCUUAUUUGACAUGAGUAGGGAUGUACAUUUUUAGCCAGAAAAAAGCAUAACAGAUGCAAUUUUCAGUGCAUUUUUGAUGGAUAACAGAAUUUAUUGUAUGUAAUUGUUUUAGCAUAGUGUGAUACCCAGUAGUUUGUAAAGUAUAAAAGUUUGAAAAUUAAUGUUAAUAUUGAUGUCAUUGAAGAAUUAUAUUGAUGUGUUAGUUAUUGGAAACAAAUCGUUGUAUGCUGUGCUUAUUGUAAACCCAUAUAAAAUAUAUUCAUUGUUUGUUUAAUGUUUUCAGAUGCCAAAUUUUGAUUUAAAAUUAUAAAAUGAACUUGUAAAUGAUUUUUGAUUAGAAAACUCAUAUAAAAUAUAUUCAUUGUUUGUUUAAUGUUUUCAAAUGCCAAAUUUUGAUUUAAAAUUAUAAAAUGAACUUGUAAAUGGUUUUUGAUUAGAAAACUCAUUUAAAAUAUAUUCAUUGUUUGUUUAAUGUUUUCAAAUGCCAAAUUUUGAUUUAAAAUUAUCUAUAAAAUGAACUUUCAAAUGGUUUUUGAUUAGAAAAGAUUGUCUUUAAAGUUUGAAAUAAAAAAUAAGGCUACCAAAUUAGCAUUAGUAUGUGAUUAGUUGUUUUUUGUUUUUAACUGAACAAGC